UUUGUUACCAUAGCAACCACUUUAUAUUAUGGUCGCCUAGGGUUGGUGAACAGAUUGACACCAUUUUUUGGAAGAAUUACCAAAAAUAAUUUUUUGAUUUCCUUGACAACGGAUGUUUUUUUUUGUUUUUUUUUGUCAGCUACAGCCACACGUUUUUCAUAUUGUUUUGUUCAGCUUGAGCCAAAAGAUUUAUGCAUUAAAUUAUAACAAUAAUUUAUUAAAGACACACGCGUGAGCAGCAGGGGAACGCCACUUUUCCGAACUCGCCUUACCAACGCUGUUCAAAAUCUACAACUUCUGAUUUCAACACGUUUUCUCCAAGUGGAUUCACGAUAAAUCUCGAGGUGUUUGGAGGCGUGUUGCCUUUUAUACGGGUGGUUGAUUUUUUAUUUUCCCCUUGAGGUCAAAGGUCAAUUAAAUUUCGGUUGUAGCUAGCAGCAUGUGCUCAAACAGAAGUUUUUUUUAAUUAUUUUUUAUUGUGGGAAAAUCAGCAAAUUUCACAUUUUUCCACAAAAUGGCAAGCUGUAGGCCCUCCGCCAUCCCAUAAUAAUUUCACAACUUUCUUUGGAUUUCCCAGACGUGUGUUCAUCAAUGGAUUUAGACUUUUUAUUUUUUAUUUUUAAUAGAUUUCGGGCUGAUUCAUUUCAGAUUUUCAGAUUUUUCCAUUUUUUUUAAUGGGUUUCUUUCUGUAUUUUAUUGUAAUCAUUAACUUGCUGCCUCCUGUAGACUUUUUAUUGUGAAUAUUUAAAUUAUUGACCAGAGAAGAAGUCAUGUUUUUAUCUGUAUGUAACUUAUUGCACUGUUGUGUUGUUUUGUAUUGCUGAUGUGUCCUCAGGUUGUAAAUGAUCAAUUGUUUUUGAGUAUGUUUCGGUGGCGACAUUUUUGCUCAUAAAGUAAGAAGAUCCAUGGAGACAGGACAGAAGAUAUCGUUACUGAUUUUAAAAAUUCUGUUCAGUAUUUUUCCUCUUAAACUGAUUGAAUACUUUCUCCUUUAGGAUCCUCUAAGCUGUAAAAGGAUGCGUGUUCCUGCCAUCCAGAGCAGGUGUCGCGUUUCAGGAGGUUUGUGUUCACAGAUCCAUCCAGACCCAUGAGCGUGUUCCCAGAGAACGCUGAAGCUUUCAGAAGUCCAGCGGAGAACGUUCCAGAAGAACUGGACGGGAUGUUUGGAGCUUUGCUGCUGCUGCUGCUGAACAGUCGGCUGUCCGCCCCUGUACCGAUGCCAGCUGAGGGUCCUCAGUCCUUCCCGUUUGUUCAGGAAUCCUUCCCAGAUGAACACAUAUCACUGGAAAAUACAGAUCCUGACGAGGAGAAACACAUUCCAGCUGAGAAUGCGACUCCGCGUCCAGACAAAUCUCUGACCACUUUGUGCCAGUUUCCAGAGGAACCUGUCGUUGCUUCUUCCAAAGAGAUAUUUGAGGAAAAUGGGGGUGCUGCUCCAGGAGAAGCUGCUCCGCCAGAACCAAACCGGGUCACCCCUGCUUCAGCUUCAACACAGGAAGCUUCAGACUUGGAUUUAGAGGAAGGAGAGGACCGAUUCCCAGAUGUGUAUUUGGAAAUCAAUGAGGGAAAACCAGAGGAGGAUCUCAGAGAAGAUUCUCCAUCGGAAGACUCUCUACUAAUCCCAACGGGAACUAGCUUUGUUCCUGUUGAUUCUGAGAACGAAUCUGCUGCAGAAAAAGAAACACUUCCUACAGAAGCUGCCAUGGAGGAUGAUGACCCUGGAAAGGAAAUCCCAUCCACUGCAGCAGCAUCUGAUGAUAUUUAUGUGGCAGCAAAACGCAGCAAUCAGCAGCACAGACGGGAUUUUAAAGCUGCAGUUUCAUCCGUACGCGGAGAAUCCCGGCCCCAGGUGAACAGAGGAGCCAUCAUAGGGGCAGCUCUCAUCACCCUGAUGUCCUUCAUCCUCAUCGGAUUUGUUGGGAUAAAAAUAUCAAAGAAACUCCGGUGAAAACCAGCUUUACUGGAUUGGAUUUUUCUUCCCACUUCUGGGAAGUGUGCAGCAGCACAUAUGUGGGAUUUUCCAUAGAUUGACAGCAGUGGAAACGUGAAGGGGUGGGGUUUGUCAUCCACUUGAAGAAUCUGAUGUCCAAAAAUGAGUCAUUCUUUAAAGCUUGAGCCCCAUUUUUCUGCAAAUAUUUAACCUUGUAUUGAUGCAUGAACUAUAUUAAUGAACAAAAGGCUUUAUAUGUAUGUUUUAAAUAAAGAUCCUUGGAGA